UCCCGCUCCGGCCGCUGGCCCGGACCUGCUGUCUGACCCUGGCUCCACGGCUGUGGAGGGACCAUGAGCGCCUUGCGGGACGUCUCCCUGCAGGACCCGCGGCUCCGCUACGAGCUAGUCCAGCGCAUCGGCUCCGGCACCUACGGCGACGUCUAUAAGGCUCGUGACACUGAGACGGGGGAAUUGGCGGCUGUCAAGAUAGUGAAACUUGAUCCAGGAGAUGACAUUGGAUCCAUUCAGCAAGAAAUCACCACUCUCAGGGAUUGCCGCCACCCCAAUGUUGUGGCGUAUUUUGGCAGCUAUCUCAGAAAUGACCGUCUAUGGAUCUGCAUGGAAUACUGUGGAGGAGGCUCAUUGCAGGAGAUCUACCACUCCACCGGCCCUCUCUCGGAAAAACAGAUUGCAUACGUCUGCAGGGAAACACUCCAGGGUCUUGACCAUCUGCACACCAAAGGGAAAAUGCACCGGGACAUCAAGGGGGCCAACAUCCUGCUUACAGCCGAUGGUGACGUGAAACUCGCGGAUUUUGGAGUCUCUGCAGAACUGACAGCAUCUGUGGCAAAGCGGAAAUCCUUCAUCGGAACCCCCUAUUGGAUGGCACCAGAGGUGGCUGCGGUAGAAAAGAAGGGUGGCUACAAUCACUUGUGUGACAUCUGGGCCCUCGGCAUCACGGCGAUAGAACUGGCUGAGCUCCAGCCCCCCCUUUUUGACCUGCAUCCUAUGAGGGCCUUGAUGUUGAUGUCAAAAAGCAGUUUCCAGCCCCCCAAGUUAAAAGAUAAGGCAAGCUGGUCUACAGAUUUUCAUCAUUUCCUCAAACUGGCCCUGACCAAGAACCCCAAAAAGCGUCCAGUAGCGGAAAAGCUCCUGCAGCAUCCUUUCAUCUGCCAGCCUCUCGCCCGCCUGUUAGCCACUGAGUUGCUCGACAAAGCCACAAAUCCCGACUUGGCAUCCGCUCCCCUGGAUGAUGGCGACUUUGAGGCUUAUGAAAUCUUUCCUGACAAAAUCCGUUCGCAUCGGCAGCAUGGACAAGUUGAAGGCACCCUCUCGGAGAUCCAACUUAAUCAGGUGAAAUUUGGUCCCUUGCUGAGGAAGGAAACAGAGCCUUGGUGCAGUCUGAAGGAGGAAGAAGAGGAGAACUGGAUGCUGUUAGGAGAUGGAGAGAGUCUCCUUCAGUCUGUAGAAGAAGCACUUGAGGAGAGGAGCCUAACAAUUCGGCCAGCAUGUCCUCCACAACAGCCCCAGGAAGAGCAGCAGUCUAGUGGUACUGAUGAGGGCGACACGGGCACUAUCAAGAGAGGGCCUUUCUGGGACUUCCUCAACCUGGAGUUGGCAUAUAAGGCACCCUGGGAACGUGAAGAGGGCCCUGAGGGCCCAGACUUGGAAUGUCACAGAAGCCAGACCCUGCCAGAUCGGACAGAGUUGAAUAACGCUCCAGAUACUGUGGCAUCCAGCUCUCCCAAACCUGCAGAUUCUCUCCUCUCCACAGAGUGGGCCACCAUGAAGAGGAAAGAGGAGGCCACUAGGUUAAUUUGUCAUGGGCUGCCCCCCACCCCGAAAGUCCAUAUGGGGGCCUGCUUCUCCAAAGUGUUCAACGGCUGCCCGCUGAAGAUCAAUUCAGCUACGACGUGGAUCCACCCAGAAACACGAGAUCUCUACUUGGUGGUGGGGGCUGAGGAAGGUAUUUACACCCUCAAUCUGCAUGAGCUCCAUGAAGAUACCAUGGAAAAGCUCCUUCCACACAGGUGUUCUUGGCUUUACUGUAUGAACAACGUGCUACUGACCUUAGCUGGGAAGUCUUCCCAGAUCUCCUCCCACAACCUUCUGGGUCUUUUUGAGCAACGCCGUCAGCUACAGAAGCGGCAGGUUCCUCUUUCCAUUGCCACCAACCGGCUGACAGAGCGAAUCAUCCCCAGGAAGUUUGCACUGUCAGCCAAGAUAGCAGAUACCAAAGGCUGCUUGAAGUGUCGUGUGGUCCGUAAUCCCUACUCUGGGAGCACAUUCCUGUGUGCUGCACUUCCCUCCAGCCUUGCCCUCCUGCAGUGGUACGAGCCCUUGCAGAAGUUCAUGCUACUGAAACAUGUCCCCGUGGUGCUGCCAGCUCCCUUGAGCUUGUUUGAGCUGCUGGUGGUAGAGACGGAGGACUACCCGCAGGUAUGCUUGGGGGUCACUGGCAGCGACCAACCAAGAGCAGAGUUGCAUUUCAGCACGCUCUCUCUCAGCACCGGCCUCAGCACCUCAAGCCCUUCUGGCCGGCCCCUUGUCAUGGCCAAUCAUGUGACUCAGAUGGAUCGAGACACUGUCCUGGUGUGUUUUGAGCGCUGCGUGCGGGUAGUGAAUCUACGUGGUGCUCCUCGGGGAGGCCUUGCUCCUGAACUCACCUUCAAUUUCCCUAUUGAGACCAUUGUGUGCCUUCAAGACAGUGUUUUGGCCUUCUGGAAACAUGGCAUGCAAGGCCGAAGCCUGGAGUCUGGUGAGGUGACGCAGGAGGUAACCGACGAAUCCCGGGUGUUCCAGGUCUUAGGAGCCCACAGAGACAUCAUCCUGGAGAGCACACCCACAGACAACCCCGCAGCGCACAGUAACCUCUACAUCCUGACAGGUCACGAAAGCAGCUUCUGAGCACCUUCUGCAAAGCUUUGCUCCUCCUGAACGUGCCUGGCCUUGGGGCAGACUGUCACGAAGACGGCUGGCUGGCUGCGACCUGUGUCUGCCAAGCACUGUGGGAACCACUGGAAUGGAGCGGAGUGUGCGUGCGUGGAGGGCUUUCCCAGUCCUCCCCCGGCCACUCUGCACUGCUGCCAUAUACACUGGACAUAACACUGGCUGGGCUCCCAAACAUUCUUUUCUCUAGUCUUCCUGAGAUCUUGCUGUGCACUAGGAUGGGAGGCUCCUCUUCCCUGAUUUGGGCCAGCAUCUCCUGAGAUGUUUUGCAAUAAUUUGACCACUAGUCAGUCUGAGGAGUGUGGCAGUCGCUCUUGGCUGACGUUAUGUGCCUGCUUGAAUGCUUUCCUGGUCCCUUUCCCUUCCUUUUAACCCUUAGAAGUUGUCCAUCGUGAUGCUGUGUAGGCAGGACGACCUAGUCUAGCCUCCAGUGUUGAAGACAAUCAUUCGCCAAGGGUGCAGUUGGGCACCACAUGCUUAGCACUUGAGCUUUAAUGUAAAUGUCUUUCAGGGCACUUUGAAUUCUGACCUGUCCUCCUUGGAGGCAGGGAAUAUGUUGUUUUGAGGCUGGACGUAUGAAUGCAUGAACAGGUCAGGCCCAGAAAUGGGCAAACUGGAUAGCUAUAGCAGGAGGGAGUAUGUGUGGGUGCUUGAUUUGUAUACAUGUGCAUGAUUGAGCCAGUACACUUGCCAAAUGGCUGAGUAGGAGGAAUAGCUGCCUCCAGAGUGCAGAUGGAACCUGAGGUGGGUGGGGAACCAACCAAGAAUAUUCAGCACAUGGUCCACAAAGUGUGUCGGCAGCAUGGUGCCCAAACUCAUCUCUCAGGUUUGAAAAUCCAGGAGCAAGCCGUAGGCUAUAGAUGUUGUGGCUUCCAACCAAGCUCUCUGACAGAGCUGGGGAUUUCUAAAAAAAAUCCAGCUCUUUCCUAAAAGUUCAAUUCCUGGGGUUCUUGAGAGGGACAGUGAAACCGGUUUUAAGAGUUUACAUUUUUGUAACAUAGACGUUCCCCUGAUGUAGGCCUGCAGAUGUGUAACCCAUUGAGCCCAACCCACCCCUCACGUGUGUCUUGUGGCCCUCAAGGGCAAGGCUCCCUGUCUUUCAAGGCCUCUCUAGGCAGUUUGAAUGGAGAAGGCGCAGCCGGGGGGGCGGGGCGGGUAGAGUGGGCUGCAUUUAGCUUGAUGAUCCACAAGUUGUCCUAAUGGCUACAUGUGAAAUCCUAAAUAUUUACUCCAGUCUAAGCCCAUUGAUUUCAAUGGGCUUAGACUGGAGUAACUCUUCUUAGGAUUUCACUGAGCAUGUGGGUUGAAUGACUGCUGUGGUGCUGUGACCGAGGUGGGCAUUGGCGGCUUGGAAAGAGGAGUGCAACCUGUAUGGCUGCCCUUGGGGUGUAUGGAUGAGGCUGAGUGAACCCCUGUGGUGGUGAGAUUUGUGUGAGGGUUUUGGUGGUGGUGAGGCUUUUUGUUGUUGUUGCUUGUGCCAGUACAAGCAUACAGCCAGAUAUCUUGGCUUUUCAGGUCAACCACAACCCUGCUAAUUUGGGUGCCAAAAAGUUUCCUUCCCAGGCUGCUAAUAUCUUUGUGGUUUUUAAUUGCUAUAAGCUGGAAUUUAUUGUCUGAGAAAACCAAACUUGAAAAGAAAAUGCUAUUUAACAUGGAGAUUGAUAUUAAACUGUGGUAUUUUACUCCCCAA